CCGGUAGCUGCGGGAUGGAAAGCUAAGGCCUUUGAAGACCUGGAAUCCCCUAAUUUAGCGAGCACGUGAAGUGUGUAUGGCGCAGAGCUCAGAGGCGAGCAGAGGCCAGUAAAGAGCUGGUGGACAAGAGGCUCUCCAGUCCCAGAGACCAGAUCUCUCGAGUUGCCGGAGUGGCUCGCGGCCGUACUCGCCUGGCGGCUUCAGCUGGCGACCGAGUGUUUUCCUGUCACAGGAAGUUGGGCCUGGCCGCUGGGAAAGCGAAGGGAAGGCGGAAUGAGAAAGCUGUGAAGGGCCCCCGCCCCCGCCCCCAGGUGACUGUCCCACCCACUGAGUUGAAUGUAGCCGCCCGGGAGGCACUCGGCCCCCAGCACGGGUGAGACGAGGAGGAGGACGAUCCAGACUCCAACGGGAGAGACGGAGAGGUGGGAGGCCGAACUGUCUCCAUCCAGGGAUUUCUUUGUUUUUAUAAAGCAAUGGGAAAUCCAGAAAACAUAGAGGAUGCAUACGUUGCUGUUAUUCGGCCGAAGAAUGCUGCCAGUCUCAAUUCUCGGGAAUACAGAGCUAAGUCAUAUGAAAUUUUGUUGCAUGAAGUUCCCAUUGAAGGACAGAAAAAAAAGAGAAAGAAGGUUUUGUUGGAAACUAAACUGCAAGGUAACAGUGAAAUAACACAAGGCAUAUUGGAUUAUGUAGUAGAAACCACCAAACCAAUUUCUCCUGCAAACCAGGGUAUCAGAGGAAAACGAGUGGUCCUGAUGAAGACAUUUCCUCUGGAUGGGGAGAAGGUGGGCAGAGAAGCGGCAUUAUUUGUUGUUCCAUCAGUUGUUAAAGAUAAUACUAAAUAUACUUAUACUCCAGGAUGCCCAAUUUUUUACUGCUUACAAGAUAUUAUGCGAGUCUGUAGUGAAUCCAGCACUCACUUUGCUACACUUACAGCAAGAAUGUUAAUAGCCUUGGAUAAGUGGCUAGAUGAACGUCACACACAGUCUCACUUUAUUCCAGCCUUAUUCCGACCUUCUCCUCUUGAGCGGAUAAAAACUAAUGUUAUAAACCCUGCAUAUGCUACUGAAUCAGGUCAGGCAGAAAACUCACUACAUAUGGGCUACAGUGCACUAGAAAUAAAGAGUAAAAUGUUAGCCCUAGAGAAAGCAGAUACCUGCAUUUACAACCCUUUGUUUGGAUCAGAUCUUCAGUAUACAAACCGGGUAGAUAAAGUGGUAAUAAAUCCAUACUUUGGUCUGGGAGCUCCGGACUACUCAAAAAUCCAAAUCCCCAAACAGGAGCAAUGGCAGAGGAGCAGGAGCAGUGUCACUGAAGACAAGGAACGACAGUGGGUAGACGAUUUUCCUCUCCAUCGAAGUGCCUGUGAAGGAGAUUCCGAAUUAUUAAACCGACUUCUCAAUGAAAGAUUUUCAGUCAACCAAUUAGAUAGUGACCACUGGGCACCCAUUCAUUAUGCAUGCUGGUAUGGAAAAGUUGAAGCCACUCGCAUAUUGUUAGAGAAAGGAAAGUGCAAUCCAAACCUUUUAAAUGGACAACUUAGUUCUCCUCUUCAUUUUGCUGCUGGAGGAGGACAUGCUGAAAUAGUACAGAUCCUCCUAAACCAUCCAGAAAUUGACAGACACAUAACAGACCAACAGGGAAGAUCUCCUUUAAAUAUUUGUGAAGAAAACAAACAAAAUAAUUGGGAAGAAGCUGCAAAAUUGUUGAAGGAAGCCAUUAACAAACCAUAUGAAAAAGUUCGUAUAUACAGAAUGGAUGGAUCAUACCGCUCUGUUGAACUGAAGCAUGGAAACAAUACCACAGUGCAGCAGAUAAUGGAAGGAAUGCGUCUCUCUCAAGAAACACAGCAAUAUUUCACUAUUUGGAUCUGUUCAGAAAACCUCAGCCUUCAACUCAAGCCUUAUCAUAAACCAUUGCAACACGUUCGUGACUGGCCAGAAAUACUUGCUGAAUUGACUAAUUUGGAUCCCCAAAGGGAAACACCACAGCUUUUCCUAAGAAGAGAUGUGAGACUUCCUUUGGAAGUUGAGAAAAAGAUUGAAGACCCACUAGCUAUUCUUAUUCUCUUUGAUGAAGCCAGAUAUAAUUUACUGAAGGGCUUUUAUACAGCUCCUGAUGCUAAACUGAUAACGUUGGCAAGUCUACUGUUGCAGAUAGUUUAUGGAAAUUAUGAGAGUAAGAAACACAAGCAAGGUUUCCUAAAUGAAGAAAAUCUCAAAUCUAUUGUACCUAUUACCAAAUUGAAAAGUAAGGCACCUCACUGGACAAACCGAAUACUUCAUGAAUACAAGAAUCUUAGUACAAGUGAAGGUGUCAGUAAAGAAAUGCAUCACCUACAGCGCAUGUUCUUACAGAAUUGUUGGGAAAUUCCUACAUAUGGAGCGGCUUUUUUCACAGGACAGAUAUUUACAAAGGCAAGCCCCAGUAAUCAUAAAGUCAUCCCUGUGUAUGUAGGUGUGAAUAUAAAAGGACUUCAUCUCCUCAACAUGGAAACUAAGGCUUUACUCAUCAGUCUUAGGUAUGGCUGCUUUAUGUGGCAGUUGGGAGAUGCUGAUUCAUGUUUUCAGAUCCAUAGUAUGGAAAAUAAAAUGAGCUUUAUAGUACAUACAAAACAGGCUGGCCUUGUGGUAAAACUACUAAUGAAGCUAAAUGGACAGUUAAUGCCCAUGGAAAGAAAUUCGUGAGAGAAAACCAGCUGAUACUCAAGCCACCACAUUUUGUGAUGUAGAUUUUUUCCAUGAAAGAUUUCUUAAACCUACUUUUAACAAGGCAUUUAGUCUCUUGUAAUAUAUGUGUAUACGAUUACACUGUACAGAAUCUGUACUCAUGUUUGGUGUGUGAUAUACCAGUUAGUUUUAUAUAAUAUCCUUAUAAGUUAAUUUUUAAGAGAAACACAAAAAUAUGUAGAUUGAUAGUCUGUACAACAUUAGACAAAACAGUAAGCUUUAAAAAAGUUAUUUUUGGUAAAUGAUAAAGAAUUUAGAGGGGAAUAUGAUGAAAUUAAAAAUACAGUUUUGCUAUAUCUUUAUGUGUGUGUCAUUUCAAAAUAUAAAGUCAACAUAAUUUGAAUAAAGAAAAUGUGUUUUCUACUUAAAGCAUAUAUAACACUAUUAUUUAAAAUGUGUUUUUGUAAUCUUUGAACAUUUUCAACAUGUUUUUAAGAUAGUUAAAAUAAGCUAGUAUAUCUCAAAGUAUUAUAGUUAUUAAAACUCCUGUGUCAUAAUUAUCUGAGUACCUCUUAAAAACAAGGAUUUCAGGGACUCACUCUAGACAAGUUGAUUCACUGUCUUCAAAAUAGCAGGGCCUGUGAAUUUUUUCUUAAGUUUUAGUUUGUUUUCUGUUGAUGCAAUUCCAGACCCAGAAAUGAAUUUGUAUUAUUAAAGUUAAGUAAAUUAUACAAACUUCCUGGCACACAAACACAUACACACAUGGACACAUAGACUAAGGGACAGUCUCUGGUAUUAGUUGUUUCAUUUAUUGAGAACAUGCUGUAUUUUUAUGAGUUGGCACAAUGGUGUAAUAUUGCCUUUACAUUGUAGGAAGUAGAUCACCAAAUAUCUGGUGGCUUUCUUUAGGGGAGCACUGAUGUCAUAUGAGUAGCUAACUUGAUUAAUCUGCUAUUUAAUAUUAAAAUUAGGCUUUCCAAGCUUUCCAGAAAUUAGUCUUUCCAAUUCCAAGAAUUGUUGUAUUCAAUUCAGAGACAGUUCGAGAUUGAACAGUCAUAUUUAAAAUUAGCCUACACAUUGCAGAUAAUUUUUUCAUAUUAUCAUCUACUCUUCAGAUUGACUUCUGCAUAUGUUUAAUGGUGGUCUGCUGAGCUUUAUUAAGAUUAUGUGGUUCAGUAAAUUAAAUGAGAAACCCUGAUUUAA